AUGUCACGUUCAUCCGUCUACUCAGAUGACAGCCGCUCAUCGGCAUGGACGACUACUUAUACCCGAAUACCCAAGAAACAGCCCAAGGCUCUCCGCUUUCUCUCGUGGGUAGCUGGAGCACCACCCGGAGCUACAGCUGUCAAGAAGAGAACAAGAGACUACCGGGAUGACCGUUCAGUCAGUUCCAGUGGCUCGACGUUCUCCAACUGGGAUCAGUCCGACACACAGCUCUACUGGGUUGUUCAUCCCAACAGCUACUAUUACAGUGGUAGCAGUAGGGGUAGCACCAGCAGUGGAUCUAGUAAGCGAAGUGGACGGGGCCACAAGAGCGGAGGUGGCUCCCGUAAGCACUUUGACGGAGCCGUUCCUCGGCCGGUGGUUCAGCCGAUGAACAUGAACGGCGGUCCCCCACCACAACAUCCACCUCCGCCUCCGAUGGCCCCACCCAUGGACGGAGGCUAUGAUGGAGGCCCAGGUUAUGAUGCCGGCUACGGCGAUGGUAUCUAUGAUGAAGGCUAUGAUCCCAAUUUCGGUGGUGGUCAUCCCCCUGCCCCGAUGAUGGGUGGGUAUCCUGGCCCUCCUCCUCACAUGCCUCCACCACCUCCCAUGCAUCCCCAGAUGCCCGGUGGAAUGCCCGGCGGAGCUCCCUUCAUCGACUUGACUGGGCAGAACCACCCAGGCGGUAGAGGAGGUCCCUCCUCAGAAUCAGACGGUUGGAGUUCUGAGGAAGAUUAA